GAGAGAGAGAGAGAGAGAGAGAGAGAGAGAGAGUCAGAGCGCGCGCUCGCCGAAGGCUGAGCUCGAGCAGAGGCGAGUUUAACGGUGGAAAUCUCGCCGGGAGUCCGAGCCGAGGUCCGGAGCUGCUCCGUGUGAGGAGAGCGGAGGCUGUGGAGGAGCGAGCGGCGCGGACACUCACCCCGCAGCUCCCCGGAGAACCGAGUAACUCCCUCAGUAACUCCACUAAACUACCCAAACUAACGGCGAGGAGCUGAAACUGAAGUUGGCGGAUCUUCUGCGAGUUGGAGCGGACUGGAAUUCCGCUUCCCUUCCGUCCCGAAGUUUCUGCGCGGUGUCAACACACACAGUAGGACUCCUCUGCUGAGUACGUAAAAGCUGUUUAGUAUCUCUAAGGGUUUACCAGAGGAAUGGCAAUGAAUUAAACGUCUCAACAGCAGUGAGAAGUAGUGCGAGUGUGACUUUUCACCUCCAGUAUCUUGAUCUCUGUGCUGUCCUUCAGUGCUGAUCCAGACCCAGCUCGUCCUGCUGCGCUGAAAGGGAACACGCCUCACAGGACAGGAAGAGGUGCUGAUUGCUGUGCACAGUGACUGUAUAAACUGGUGGGAUUGCCAGUCUCUUAAGAAGCAGUGAAUUGUUCCCAGUUCCUGGCCUGCAGCAGCCGUGAGAAGCAGUGUUGUGUUCCCAGCCAUGAGUGUAAUGGAGGGCUUUCCUGUCCACUGAGUGUGCUGCUGUCAGCACUGCAGCCAUGUCUGCUUGCAACACCUUCACCGAGCACGUUUGGAAACCUGGCGAAUGCAAGAACUGCUUCAAGCCCAAGAGUUUGCACCGCAUGUCUGAGGCAGCCUCAAAAAAAGGUCCCCCUGAACACGCCCCUGUAUAUCACGGCCACACUCCCACAGGGGGCAGGACUAAUGUUAACCAGCAUAAUCUCUCUCCAGUAGCGAGUGGGGCCAGUGUUAACGCAAACAUUGCUCAUAGCAAUACUCAGAGAGGUGGUGGGUCCUCUCGGUCGGGCCAGUUCCGGCCUCCUGUUGCAAAGAAGCCCACCAUUGCAGUGAAACCCACCAUGAUGUUGCCGUGCCCAGGGAUGGGUCUAGAUACAGAGGGGAAUCCACACUUGCUGGCAGAAGGGGCAGAGCCUGGGAAAACUUCUGCUUUCACUGUCUGGAACCACAAUGGCCUGAACCGAAAGAGGCCCGCAGGACCAAACAACAAUGAAGGAGAUGAUGAGCGGGGAGAAAUAGAGGGCUACGCUUCUCUUUGUCCACCCAGCAGCAGCAGUAAUAACAAUAAUGGACUGACGGACGUGCUAAAGGAGAUAGCUGGUCUGGGCCAAGGCCCUAGCUCUAGCAGAGAAGACUUCUUUGGGCGGAUCACUUGCUCAUACAGACGUUCACUGGAAAGAGGCCUGCCUGCGGCUGGCUGUCUAGCUAUGGGUAGCCACAGCAGUAGCGGAGGAGCCAAACACGUGUCUCUCAGUGACAGUGCUGAGGUCAUCAGCUCAGAAGGGGGGCGCUUCUGCUACCCAGAGUUCUCCAGUGAUGGAGAGGAUGAUGACGAUGGGGCUGAGGGGAGCGACGAAGAUGAGGAUGAUGAUGAUGAUGAGCAUGAGAGCUGGGAUGAGAGUGACGAAGAGCUUCUGGCCAUGGAGAUUAGAAUGCGAGGACAGCCACGUUUCGCUAAUUUCCGUGCUGCAACCCUUUCUCCUGUUCCUUUUGCUGUUGGUAAGAAAUGGAACACUGUCCCACUGAGGAACCGUUCACUUCAGAGGAUCUGUGCAGUGGAUUACGAUGACAGUUAUGAUGAGAUCCUGAAUGGCUAUCCUUCUGUGGACUCCAAUGGAGCACCUGGCCUGCUCUCAUAUGGCAGUGACCCCCAAGGAAGCGGCUUCCUGUCCAACUCUGUAUCCACCACCUCGCCAGAAUCCUCCUCUUCUCUCCCUGAGGACUCCUGCACGUCCAGCAGUGGAAGCAGUGCCCCCUUUGGCCAGCGCAAUGGACUGCACCUGGCUCCAGUUGGCAGGGAGCACACACAGCAAGGGGACUCAGCAGGAAGAGCACUGAGCUCGCCUAAAGCUACUGAGACUCACAAAGCUGUUCUGGCCAUUAGACUACAAGAACAAGAUGCUAGUCAAAAAGAAGGCGGGGCUCUUCCACAAGCUCUCCCUGGUCAGCCAAUCACGAUCAGCUUCAGCCCCACAGAAGAACAGGCUAAACCGUAUCGGGUGGUGAGUUUAGAGAAGACUCCCAUUUGCAAGCCUUACACUGUGGUAGAUGUGUCUGCCUCUAUGGCUAGCACAGAGGGCCGACCUUCUGAAAGCACCACCACUAAACUCAAGGGUCCAAACCCUGCAUUUGGACCUCCACCCUACCCUGGAGCCUCCAAAAACAUCCCAAUAUCUGCAGGCUCUCCUUUCUCCCCUAAAACACCCUUGUCACCAAAAUCACCUCUUUCCCCUAAACCUGCACCAGUAUGUCCAACCUCUCCAGUAUCUCCUUUCACUCCAAUGUCUCCCUCAAUACCAGUCUCUCCCAGUACUACUGCUGGACCUACUCCCACCUCCAAGAAGCCUGGAAACAUCCGCUACCAAGAGGUGUGGACAUCCAGUACCAGCCCACGGCAAAAGAUCCCCAAAGUUGAGUUUCCAAGUGGAGGUCCAUCUGGGCCAUCUAUUCCUCCCAGACACAGCAACCAUAAAUCGGCGCCCACCUCCCCGGUCACCGGCCUCUCUUCCUCCCGCACUGUACCGGUCAAAUCACCCAACCUGUCUGAGAUCAAGUUCAACAGUUACAAUAAUGCAGGCAUGCCUCCUUUCCCCAUCAUCAUUAGAGAUGAGCCUGCAUACGCACGCAGUUCUAAGAAUGCUGUGAAGGUGCCUAUUGUGAUUAACCCCAGUGCAUAUGAUAAUUUGGCCGUGUACAAAAGCUUCCUGGGCUUGAGCGGGGAACUACCACAGCCCAAGCCAGGAGCAGGUGGAAGAGUCACUAGCCAUACAUAUGAGGAGAUUGGCUCAUCUGAAAGCACACAGCCCUCUCCAACAGAACACAUGCCCAGUACCAGAAAACUUGCCUCAGCUACAACUGAAGAAGAGAGGAGUACACCAAGAGCAGUGGACACGCCUCAUGAUGACAAAGCUAAAAUUUCGACUGAGUCCAAUGUAGCAGCAUCCAACUUCUCUGUUACUUUCUCCACUCCCAGGGUCACUGCUACUCCAACAGCCAGCCCUCUCUCCGGCAGCCUGACCAAGAGCAGCUCAGCCACAGCCAGCAUCAGCCGCAGCCGAAACCCCAGUGGUGAGCCGCCAGCAGGCAGCAGCGAGUGCCAGUCCUCUUCGGUCAGUGGAUCACAGGGACACAGGGAGAAGGCCAGCAUGGUGCUUUCUCAGAUAGUUGCUGCCAUCCAGCCACCCAAGUCUCCUCCAGAGUCUCCUACUCCUCAGAGCAAAACCUGCAGUGCUGAGGAGCUGUACUCUCUUCCUCCAGAUGCUACAAAAGGUACCCUCAGCAGACCCAAGUCCCUCCACUGCCCUCUGGACAGCGGGCUGUCCAAAUCACGCAAAGAAACCCCAACCAAGAUCCUGCCCAAAUCCCAGAGCGCCUCAGCUGCUGAGGUUCCAACAAGUCCUAAACCUGAAGCUGGAGCUCCCUACCCUCCACCCAGAUCCACAUCUUCUCCCUAUCACGCCACCAACCUUCUCCAGAGGCACUUCAACAACUGGACCAGGCCCACAGGUUCCAGGCCCAGCGACGGAGAGAUCAGCCUUGGUGCAGAGGGGAGGCGCUCAGCCGAGGGCAACAAACCCAAACGUUGGAUCUCCUUUAAAAGCUUUUUCCGCCGGCGGAAAGAUGAAGAUGAGCAGAAGGAGAAAGCAGAGAGAGAGAAAGAAAAAGGGAAGCUGGUGGGUUUGGAUGGCACUGUGAUCACCAUGCUGCCUCCUCCCCCCAUCCAGAGGCAGCACUGGUUCUCUGAGUCCAAAACAGACGAUCCCAAUCAGAAACCCACCAUUAUAUUCACCUAUAAGCCUGACAGUGGGGCUGGGGGUGAUGGGGAAGGGGAACUCAGAGUGGAGGAGUGUAAUGCCUCGACAGCAAUCAAUUACAACCAGUCAGGUGCCCCCAAGAGCAGAGCCAGCCUUCUCAUCAGCAAAGUCAUGAGUCAGAUGCCGGCUGAGGGCUCGGAGAGUGAGAUGCCUCCUGCCACCUCUCUGCCCGCCAAGCUGGAGCUGUCACCUGUCUGUGAGGUUUCCAGCCCCUCGGCUCGCCCCACCACUCGCCCACUGUCCCCCAGCGAAGGCAGCGCCAGCCUGGGGGAGCCAGAGGAGGAUGAGGGCAUGCGCACACACUCCCACUCGCCUGCAUCCAGCUCCUGCAGCGCCACCUACACCAACCUGGGUCAGUCCAGGGCCAGUAUGAUUCCCCUGAAACAUCCUAGACACCCAAAAUCCUCUGAUGACACUCUUCAGUCUGAGCCUGAGGGUUCUGAUCAUGGUUCUAAAGCCACUCCUCCUCCGCUGCCUAAGAAAGUUGUUCCUCGAGCCCAUACGGAACCUUCGCUCUCCAGAGAGCCUGCAGGUCAAAGGUCACGGGGUGAAGCCAAGCCGGGCGGCACCAGCCUGAGCGUGGCCAACCCGCUGUACGACCUGGACUCUACGUGGGAGACGGCCAGUCAGAGCUCCUCCCUCAGUUCAGACGCCCGGCAGCUUGACGAAUCCGGAGACUCCCUGGAGAGGCCUGCGGGGGGGCGGAGCCUGUCCUGCCUGACUAAUAGUGGCUCAGCACAGGCCAGAGAGAGGCGAGCUGGGGAGCGGAGGGGCUGCCGCAGCACAGAGAGCCUAACAGCCAGGGGGCGCUCAUCUGGAAGGGGAAGAGAAGGUGGCGGGAAGCCCCAGAGGCAGGCUCUCUAUAAGGGCAUAGACAGCUGGGAGGAGGUGGUGGGCCGCAUCCGAAGCCUGCACACAGAAACCCUCUGCAAACUAGCCACCCGCUGUGAAGACCGCUUUAUGGCUGGCCAGAAAGAUCACCUGCGCUUCGGUACGGACAGCUGGUCCCACUUCAGGCUGACCACGGGCAAGCCCUGCUGCGAGGCUGGAGACGCUGUCUAUUACACCGCUGCUUACGCCAAGGACCCGCUCGUCAACUACGCUGUUAAGAUCUGCAGGUACAAGGUGAAGGAGACACAGCAGCAGUUCUUCCACAGCCUAGCUGUGCGCCAGAGCCUGCCCCUGCACUUCAACAUCCAGCAGGACUGCGGUCACUUCCUGGCAGAUGUACCCGCCCGCCUGCUGCCCUGGGAAGAGGAGGAAGAUGAUGAUGAGGAGGAGGGGAGUGAUGAAGAGAAGGAGAAGAAAUUGGAGAAGAAAGAAAAGAAGAGUGAGGGAUGGAAGGAGGAACGUAAGGGAGAGCAGAGCGAGGAGGAGCUGGCGGCGGAUACCAGGCUGCGCAGUCAUGUGGUGGUGAUCACGCGCGAAGUUCCCUUCCAGACAGUGGCGGACUUUGUGCGUGAAGGUGUGGGGCGUCACGCCCGUAACCCGGAGCUGUACGAGCGGCAGGUGUGCCUGCUCCUGCUUCAGCUGUGUGCUGGCCUGGAGCACAUGAAGCCCUACCAUGUGACCCACUGCGAUCUGCGCCUGGAGAACCUGCUGCUGGUGAACUGCCAGCCAGGCAACCCCUGGAACAUGGAUCUGCUGGAGCCUAACAACAACAACAAUGGCGCUACUGCUUCAGCCUCAUCCUCCGCCUGCCCCGCCCGCCUCAUCAUCAGCAACUUCUCGCAAGCCAAGCAGAAGAGUUCCAUGGGCGAGGAGCCGUCAGUCGUGCUGAAGGACCGUUCACGGCUGGCGCCCGAGCUGCUGAGCGCCACGCAGUAUCGCAAGUGCGACGAGUUCCAGACCGGCAUCCUCGUCUACGAGAUGCUGCACCGGCCCAACCCUUUCGAGGAGGCACCAGGGCUAAAGGAGCGAGAGUAUGCACGCUCCGACCUGCCACCACUGCCCGCACGCUCCCUCUACUCGCUGGGCCUGCAGCGCCUGGCCUCCAUGCUGCUAGACGCCAACCCCUCCGAGCGCAUUCGGAUGGGAGACGCUCGCGCGUGUCUGCAGUGUUUGCUGUGGGGGCCGAGAGAGGACCUCUUUCACACGCUGGGCGCCGGCGCCACACCCGCUCAGCGGCAGGCCACGCUGCAGAACUGGCUGGACCUGAAGCGCACUCUGAUGAUGAUCAAGUUCGCAGAGCGCUCAUUGGACUCGGGCUGCGGCGUGAGCCUGGAGGACUGGCUCUGCUGCCAAUAUUUGGCCUUCGCCACUACAGACACCGUUGACCGGGUUAUCCGCAUCCUGCAGGAACCGCAGGCGCAGCUGCUCUAAGCUCUGCUGCUAAAGCCAAAGACAUGGUUCUCAAUCCUGGUGCUAGAGUAGCUCUUGUCCUGCACAUUUUGCUGUUUUCUUGCUUGUUUUUUUCAAUCAAAGUGGUUCCCAAAUCACUUCUCCAGAGAAUUUCAAGUAUUUGUUGUGGUGGCCAGAUUGGGCACAUAUUUAAUGUUGCCGUGGUCAAAGACAUUUCACUGAUACACAAAACACACCACAAUGUUUAGUUUGUUGGGUUUGAUUUGACACAACAGGCACAAUUCACAAGCGCAUCAACACUGUCAAAACUAAAUUCAGUGUUUUGUUUUUUCUCAUAACAAAUAUCACAGUCCCAUGAUAUGCUCAAAGAAGAGUGAAAGAAAAGUGUGUAGUGACAUAAAUUAUCACGAUAAAGGUAUUAUAUUUAUAUAAUUGCCUAGGGUGGGUUAACUCUAAUCACUCUAGAAAUUGCAAACAAAUGCCUCAGUGUUUGCUAAUGCCGCACAAGCUGCAGAUCACAAGAUUUGACAGGUUUCUAUCUAACAUCUAGACCUGUCGAUGACUCUACGUCUGGUAGUGUGGAAGUUUUUGUGACUAGAAGUUACAGCCAAUGAGAGCACAAGAUACUGGGUCAUGAGAAAGCCGAGGGUGUAGUUAAACAAACACAUGUCUUUAUAUUAAUUUUCUAUAUUAUUCAGACUCAAAGUUCUAAAGCUUGUGUCUUAUGGACAUCUAUUUAGGAAGAAAUCAAGGUAUAUGUCUUAUAUGAUAUGGCAUGGCAUUGCAUCACUUCUCAUGUGUGGGUUCUCAUUGUGGGUUCCUCCUGGUAAAAGUUCAUUUGUGAUCCUGUGUUGCCAAUCAAUCGUGCAGUGUGCAAACCAAAAUGAUUACACAAUUCUCAAACACAAGACAACAAACUGUGUUAAUAACAAAAAAAUACAGUGGUGUAGUGUGAACCUCCCUUUAGAAGUGCUGCUGCGGGGAAUGCACAGAACAAUGCAUUGCAUUUAAUUGGAGUGUUGUGCAUUUCUUAGGAUAAGUGUUUCAGAGCUGGGCAAUUGUUAAACACUAAAAUGUGCAGGACGGCGCUCUUUUACAGCAAGUGUUUGGGAACUUUUUGGAACAGUUUUGGGCAGACUUGCACAUGCCAGUAGCGACUACAAGUCAGCUCUCAUAGAUCACAAGCCACACCCGUGCUGGAGACCGCUAGCACAUGCACAUCUGCGCUGUACACGCCUGGGUUUUCAUCUUUUCUUUUCUUUUUUUUUUUCUUUUUAUAUUAUUCAUUUGACAAACUUGCAAGUUAUGUUUGUACUUUGUGUUGGUUUGAGUCUGGUUUACAUUGAUGUUGAGUGGUGAAGAACAAGUCACAUGGAAUAUACAGCGUUUUACGCUUGUUUCCGAUAUUUAUUUGAACGAGUUUGAUAGUUGUUUGGAUAAGUGACGUCGUCCGGUGGAUUAUCUGUUAGUGGAAAAGCUGUCAGUGUUUAUUUUUUAUUAUUAUUAUUUUAGCAGCAUUUAAAUCAAUGAACAGUAUGAAGACAUUGAGGACAGACUCAGUGGUUGACAGAACACUGCAUGAUCAAAUGCUCACACUGGUUUACAGUUACAGAUACAGUUAGAACUGUUUGGGAGAGCUCUGAUCUGGCAUCAGCAGCUUUUCUCUCGUGUUGUGACUUGCAACUAUACUUUAUUCUUUUUUUUUGUAAUGGCCUGUAUGGGGUGUGUCAGACUGAGAGUUUCACCCAGGGCCUGUGAGAUUUUAGUGUUACAGCAGUAUGUCAGUGUUAAAACUGACAAAAGAUUGAAAAAUAAAAAGGGUGCACCUGUGUGGGGUGGUCCACACUGUGUGGGGUGGUCAGCACCUAAUACCACCCAGCUUCUCUUGUACAUCUCCCUUUGCUCAGAUCCCACAAAUCUGUCUAAUUUUAGUGUAGACAGUACUUUUAUCAUUUAAUGUCUACUUUUACUUCUACUUUACUUAGAGUUUACUGAGAUUCCCCUUCCUCCUGUUCCAGCAUAUCUCUUUAUUUUAUUUAUAGGCCAAGAGACCGAUUUCAAGCUUUCACUUGUUUGAGGUAGAUGACGCUAUUUAUCAUCAGCUAUCUAUACCUAAUCUGUAAUAGAGCAGAUAUUAUGAGACACGGACAAUACAAAUGGUUCCAAAGCAACCGGAGUAAGAUAUUUUUCUACCACCACAAACUACCAAAGGUUACCAAAGACAUUUGGCCACCGUUCUGGCAUUCAGACGACUGAAAUCUCUCUGAAAUACUGAAGAGAAGUGUAUUUUUAAAUGUUUUUAGCGCUUACUUCAUAGCUUGCUCUAAAGGAGCAGAGUUAUUGGAUGAUUGGGUGAGGUUACAUUACUACUAAAGUGUCCUUAUGCAGACGUACACAGAAUAAUAAAGCAGUUCGGUCCUCGGAUUCAGAAACUGAAAGGCGUAGGAGUUGGAGAGCGUUUUUAUUGGGGAAGGUGCACUGUGGUUUAGAGCUCCGAUCAGAGCGAGCUAGUUUCAUUUUUGAUGCCCCAGAAGAGUUCAGCUCCACAACAGAACUGCAGAAGUGGGCCAGCUCAGCCCCGGAUAGUCUUGGAGUGGUUGGAGUGAUAGACACUAUGGAUUUAUGUGCAAUGAUUGUAAAUUUUGUUACCUAUGGAAACAGUAUUUAAACCUGUUGUAUGUUCUUGAUAUUAUGCAGCAUUCAGUUAUUGAGUUUUUAUGUUUGGCACAUAAUUGAUGAUGACAAUGACGAUGCCUGCAUCAA